UGUGAUAUAAUUGACCUGGAUGGUAAAGCAAUUCCGACCACAAGGGAACGGUCAACAUAUACACAUGCCCAGAAGAUGCGUGCUGCUGCGACCUUUGGAUUUGGCAGAGUCCAUGGCUUAGGCAUGCAAGCCUGGCACCGUAGCGAAAUUUCUGGAAAGACCCUAGGUAAUCCAUCAGUCUCUGAGACUGUCUCCACCUACAUGCUUAGUCUUCGUCGUCGUAAGACACAGAGUGGUGAUACACCCACAAGUGCUCGAGCAGCCACAUCUGUAUGUAUACUUCGGCUCUCUAGCUCUUUCGGUAAAGCUCAAUACCUAUUCCUGUUUCAUUUCAACCGUCAGCCACAACCCUCUCUGAGUCCUACUACCAAAGGACACUUAGGCCCGCGUGCACGUUUGAUGAUGAAUUGUGGAUAUAACUUUGCAUUCUGUGGGUUACUCCGUGUCGAUGAAAUGCUCAAAAUUCAGCUGCAAGACAUAACGUUUGAAAAGAAUCCUAUGACUGGUCAGACUAAGCUUACGCUUCGUCUCCCCUUUCGGAAAACUAGUCAGUUCGGAGGUGAGUGGCAACAGGGAUUGUGUAGUAUGUAUUCUGACAUCAAUUACUUUAGACAUCAAGCCUUUCAUCUGGUAUGA